CGCGACAGCGGUCGUUCCUCGGUUCACGGUGUAUAUCUACGGUGCGGUCUCUGUCUUAUUCGAGAGGAGAGUAGCCAUGCGAUUUUCGUGGGUGUUCGUGGCCACGGUGUUCCUCGUUCUGGUCACCGGGGCGAAAUGCAAGAGGAAGUUCGACGGGGAUUUCGAGUUCGCCGAAGAGGAUGACACGCGUAUAAUGAAAGUGGGCGACAAGAAGAGAUGGAUACACGAUCCAAACAGCGAACUCUGUCGUCCACUGAAUUGCAAGAAGAAGGAACUGUGUCUGCUGGAGGACACUUUCACAGCCGUCUGCGUGUCGAAGAAGGAGCUUCACAAGUCAGGGUUUGUGCUGAAUUAUUGCUCGUUAGAUUUAAGUUGGUAUAUUGGAAAAGAAAUGGUCAAAUUUCAGUUGGUAUUACUAAAGAAAUUGCCAAAUUUCAGUUGGUAUUGCAAAGGACAUAGUGAUCCCAAAGUCCCGGGCGGUUCAAAUGCCUUCUUCGAUUCCGAAGACGAUGACGAGGAUCAAGACGAGUCCAAAUGUCAAGAGUGUCCUGUGGUGAAGCCGACGUUCCUUUGCGGAAGCGAUAAUCGGACGUACAGUUCGCCGUGCCGGCUCGAGUACCACAAUUGCAUUCACCACACCUCGGUUCGCAUCGCCUGCAAAGGAUUCUGCUCGUGCAAAGCGGCCGAUCUGAGAGCGCACAACAAGAAGAUGCAGACGCAACGUCAAAAGUCCAUGGGCAAGCUGACGAGGAACCGUGACAUCACUUUAACACCGCGCGACUUCAACUACGACAACCACCAUUACCAGUACCUGAAGUACACCAAACGUGCCAAGGCGCUGGCUGCGGGCAACAAAUACGACGACAAGCAUCUGAUGAGCAACGAAAUCAUGGAGAAGACACCGUCCCCGUUGAAGUCGACCUACAACUCUCAGUCGUCGCGGAACACUGAUUGUCCACCGUCAUCCAAACCGGCGAUGGCGAAUCGUCUGUUGGACUGGUUCUCCGUCGUGAUGUCCGACUCAAAGCAUCGUCGUCCUCAUCCUAAGCCGAAAGGCCACCAACCCAUCGGUUGCCAGAGCGAGGUCAGGUGGAUGUUCGGACAUUUGGACAGCGACAACGACGGCCAUCUCUCCCUUUCGGAGUUGUACGGGCUCGAGCACGAUCAGAACGAGCCGUGUCUGAAGCCAUUCCUGGAUGGGUGCGACACCGACGGAGACAUCUUCGUGAACGGGCCCGAAUGGUGCGGAUGCUUCUCGAAAGCCGAACGUCCGUGCGCCGCGGUACAUAAACGAUCAUCCCCGGACGUUGCACCCGCCUGCGAUUCUCGAGGGUAUUACCGAAGUACCCAAUGUCAUCGGGGUCUCGGUCUCUGCUGGUGCGUCGACCCCCACGGUGUCGAGUUCGCCGGGACCAGAACACGUGGCAGCAAACCAGAUUGCGACACGAUCGUGAACAAAAUCAGUAACGGAGGUCUGAAGACCAACAGCGUGGACCUGGACGACGACGAGGACGGAGGCACAGACUCUGCCCAAGAUCUCGAGGGUUCGGCCGAUCAGCCGUUAGACUUCUAGAUUCCUUAGGAUCAGCCAGCAAAACACACAGCAGCAGCAGCAGCAGCAGCAGCAGCAGCUAACCGGGAGCAGCGCACCUUGACGUGAUAAUCGAGCACAGCCGGACGACGUGGGUCCCUUUUAUCGACGGAGUAAACAACUAGAAGGAGGCAGCUUCCUCCGUCCGGUCGUCCGCUUGUGACGAUCAUCGCCGUUGUGAUUGGAGGUGUCUUCGGUAAAUAAGGGUGCGCGAGCCUAAUAAAUAAAAAAAACAAGAAUAACAAAGUCAGUUCGACGAGCAACGAAAAAUUGCGUGGGCGAGCGAAGAGUAACGGAAGACAGUUGAGGGCCGAGGUAGAGGAGGCCCCGUGGCGACUUUAUACAUACACGACGUCUCCUCUUUUCCCCUCGCCCCCGACGACGAGAACAGAUACCAACACUGUCGGCAACAACAUUCUUAACCCGCGAAAUAUCGUUAAUACUCUCGGGAACUGAAAUAUCUGUACAUGUAUCUGGCAUUCAGCUUCGAUUCAAUUGAAGAAAAAAAAGAACAAAACUAAGAUCGAUCGAUUCGCAGAAGAACAUAAGUGCCAAACGGGUUAAGAAAAAACGAGAGAGAAAAGAA